CAGAAAUUGAAACGUCAUUUGUGUGUUCCCAUUUAUUGCCCCUCUCCGCCGCCUGCCCCUCCUUUUUCUUUUUUUCUAACUAAUAUUAUUAUAUAGCUCGUCUUCUACGGUCUUCUUCUCGUUUGAUCCCACUUACCGCUCCCCUUCGGUUAUCUACUUCUUUCUCCGUCUCUUCUCGGUUCACCCCCAGAACAACCACCUUCAAACCCCAACAACCCAUCCUCUCUCCUCGAACAUACUCCACCAUGUCUGACCACGGCAACGUCCACCCCAUCAAGUCCGAGGCCGAAUAUAACGAAAAGGUCCUCAAUUCCACCGGCCUUGUCAUCGUCGACUGCUUCGCCACCUGGUGUGGUCCCUGCCGGGCCAUCGCUCCCAGAGUCGCCCAGCUCUCGCAGAUCUACUCCUCCGCCAAGUUCUACCAGAUUGACGUCGACGAGCUGAGUAAUGUUGCCAGCGACUUGCAGGUUCGCGCGAUGCCGACUUUCAUUCUGUUUAAGGAUGGAGAGCGUGUGGAAGGGGGUGAUGUUGUUGGUGCUAACCCCCAGGGGUUGGACAAUGCUAUCAAGGCGAACAUUGCAUAGAUAUCUUCUGUCGGUUAAUUUUGUUUGAUAUAGAUAUGGAUAUCAAUCGAUAUGAUAUGUUAUAAAAAUUAAACGUUGAUUUACUAUUAAUGGCCAUUUGAC